CAUAGACAGAAUAGAAUGACUAAAUAAAAGAAGACCCUCAGUGAGAACCUAAUUUGGCAGCACUUUUGUGCAAUGUCAGUGCGACCCCUGCGGAAGAUGUCAGCCUCUGUGCCCGCCUGAGGGACUCAGCGAGGCCAGAGAGAGAGCUCCACAGCAGAUGAAAACAUCCUUCUGACCACAACUACCAGAAGCUGAGACGCCCAGAGAGAGGAGAGAUGGAAAAGCCAGUGUUGCAGACACAACCGUCCACCCUGCCGUUUUUCGACACGGCCCAUGCCUUCAACCUGCUGCGGGGAAUCCAUGAACUCCGUGCCGAACGGAAGUUUUUCGAUGUGACUUUGUGUGCCGAGGGCCGCGAGUUCCACUGUCACCGCACAGUGUUGGCGGCGGCCAGCACAUACUUCCGGGCGAUGUUCGCAGGAACUUUGAGGGAGAGUGUUAUGGACAGAGUAGUUCUACACGAGGUGUCAGCUGAGCUUUUAGGUCUGCUGGUGGACUUCUGCUACACGGGACGGGUCACCGUCACUCAGGAUAAUGUGGACGUCCUGCUGAAGACGGCCGAUCUCUUUCAGUUCCCCUCUGUCAAAGAGGCCUGCUGUGCCUUUCUGGACCAGCGGCUGGAUGUUUCCAACUGCUUAGAGAUCCAGGACUUUGCGGAGGCAUACGCUUGCAGAGAGCUAGCGACCAGCGCUCGCCGCUUUGGCCUCAAAAACAUAAUGGAGCUGUCUAAGGGAACGGACUUUGAGCGGCUGCCAUGGAAGCGCCUCCUUGAGUUUGUGUCAGACGAUGAGCUUUCCAUAGACAAGGAGGAGGCGGUUUAUCAAAUUGCAGUGCGCUGGGUGAAGGCUGACUUCAAGCGGAGACUGCACUACUGGCCCGAGCUCCUCCAGCAGGUCCGACUCCCCUUCGUCAGGAGGUUCUUCCUGUUGGCCCACGUGGAGAGCGACCCGCUCGUCUACCUGUCACCCACCUGCCUCCGCAUGGUGAACGAAGCUCGAAGCUUCCAGUCCUGCGAGUACGACCGCCAUGACAGGCCCUGCCACCGAAUGCGUCCACGGCCGUCCACGGGACUGGCAGAAAUCCUGGUGGUGGUCGGAGGCUGCGACCAGGACUGUGAUGAGCUGGUCACAGUGGACUGUUACAACCCCCAGACUGGACAGUGGCGCUACCUGGCUGAGUUCCCCGACCACCUUGGGGGAGGCUACAGCAUAGCUGCCCUCGGAAACGAUAUGUAUGUCACGGGUGGCUCCGAUGGCUCUCGCCUCUAUGACGGCGUGUGGCGCUACAAGUCCAGCGUCAACGAGUGGACAGAGGCGGCGCCCAUGCUGAAGGCCCGCGAGUACCAUAGCUCUUGCGUGGUGAAAGGUCAGCUGUACGUGGUGGCGUCUGACAGCACCGAACGCUACGAUCACGCUCUGGACUGCUGGGAGGCCUUACCGCCCAUGCUGCACGCCAUGGACAACUGCUCCACCACCACGUGCAACGGGCGGCUGUACGCCAUCGGCUCUCUGACUGGCGAGGAAACCAUGGCGAUCCAGAGCUAUGAUGCAGACGCCAACCGCUGGACUCUGGUCAGCUGUGGACAGAUGCCCCCGUGGUCCUUCACACCGAAAACUGUGACCCUCAAAAGCCUCAUUUACUUUAUCAGGGAUGACUCUGCCGAGGUGGACAUUUAUAAUCCUCAGAAGAACGAGUGGGACAAAAUUAAUCCGAUGACCCAGGUCCAUGUCGGAGGCAGUGUUGCAGCCCUUGGCGGUAAAUUAUACGUGUCCGGUGGUUAUGACAACACGUUUGAGCUGUCGGAUGUGGUGGAGGCGUUCGACCCGACCACCCGCUCAUGGACUCUCGCUGGACGACUACCUCAGCCGACCUUCUGGCACGGCAGCGUCAGCAUAUUCCGCCAGUUCAUGCCCCAAGUGACCAGCUCAUUUGGACCUACUGACAUACCCGAGUCAAACGCCAUCCACUUGCACCGGCACCAGCGUCACCAAGCGCUCCACAAUCUGAACAACAAUCUCAACCAGAACCAGAACCAGGACGUGAACGCAGCGCUCUGAGUUUGGACCUAGAAGCCCCCACGUUACAUCAGACUGUUCUCCCUCAUUGUAGCAGUGGUGUGCUGUUUCUUAGCCUCGCUUGGUCUCACUGCGUGGGAGACAAAGUUUAGGGAAGCUGCUGCCUUCGAAUCGAAGGUGUUAAAGUUAACCAAACCAAACAGUUAGUCCUCAGGGCCGAAUUAUUCUCAAUCAGAACCAGUUUGCAGGAUGUGUUGUCCGACCACGUUGGAAAUCAAAAGUUGCUCCAAACGGCUACACUCGAUAGAAUAGCAGAGCCCACUUUCAGUCUUCCUUCCUUCCUGCUCCUGGAAGGCAUUCAUACAUAGUGUUGCACGUAUUUGUCGACAUGAAAAGUGACAGAAAUAGUUGUGUGAAGAAACAAAGAAAAGGGCGAGAAGGUCGAACAAAACGGGCUUCUUUCACACCUCCACACAGCUGAACGAUCACAGCAGCCAGAAUCAUACGGGCAGCUUCCUCCUGGAGGUCUUCUAUAUAUAUAUAUAUAUAUAUAUAUAUACACACACACACACUCUUUAACAAUCCCUUUAGAUUUACCAUACAUUUCACUUUGUAUUUUUUUUAGUGUAGCGUCUUCUUCGCCUCAAUUUGGUGUAUCAAGCAGCUCAUUACUUUCCCAGAAGACGCCCACCGUCACUACGGGUGGUUUUUUCCCACCAUGGGCAGCAACAAGCCCACGCUAACUUGUAAAACCUGCACAAAGGUUAGAUUUAUGUUAGUUUUCUGAGUGUAUUUUUGGUGUUACAAGAGAAAAGACUAACCAAGAUGAAGAUUAACUGGUUACCUUCCCCCACCUUUGAUGAAGAGCAGCAGGUGUUUCUACAAACGCAGUGAAUUUAAGUUGGAAAUGCUUCACGGGCAACUCGAUUUUACACAUCAAAAUCUGUUUACAGGUCUUGGAGAUACUACUGUAUACGUGGAAAAAGUCGUAUGAAGCCUUUUACACCAAAUCUGAGUCUGCGUUGGGGCGAAGACAAGUUUUAAAAAGAAAUGUGGGUUUGUGGAGUUACAAGAAGUGAGAUUACCAGCCCUCUGUAGUCCACUCCUCAGUCCUGCUCGGGACUACGUUAGCUGCUAAUAGCCUAACUUAAACUGUUGGUGGUCCAGUUGCAUUGUGGGUAAUGAAGGCAUCUGGUUUCGUUGAAGAAGAAAAAUGCUUGAAAUACAUAGAAGGGCAGGAGGAAAUCGCAGACCUUCUGCCAAGACCGUUUCUAUAAGUAAAAAAUAAUGUCGGCAGCUGAUCCGCUCCUGUAGAGGAUUCUUCCUGUGGCCCGUGCUGCACCCUUCCACCAAGUUUCAUGAAAACCGGGCUUACAGACAAACAAACGAACCAAAACAUAAUAAAAAAAGAUGAGCAAGAGCCAAAUAUUUGUUCAGGAAAGAGCAAUAAUCGGUUUACAUUCCAAGAAACGACGACAAUCACAAUUUCUAUUUAUCACUAAACAGUCAUACGGCUUCAAAGGAUGCGUUGAAAUAUCUUGUACUCUAGUCUUCUGUCUUUAUAGGUUUCCGGAGGGUUGCAUGUGAUGGGAACUUGUACCGGGUUGAUGCUCGCUAGUGACGGUUAGUCCGCUCCUCACGACCCUGGAACGUGGCUACGUCAGCCUUUAUAACCGCCAGUCGAAUGUGCAUGAAGAAUUUCCUUUUAUUGUAUUUUACGGUUUUCUAUGUUAAUUAAUGGAUAUAUUUGUGCUGUGGUUGCUCGAGAUGUCCCCGCCUAUCAUCAUAUACAAGAAGAGUAACACUUGGUAAAUGUUGGUGACGGGCCGCCAGUAACUGGAAGUGCACAGAUAAUCUCAGUUUGUCAUCAUGUAUUUUAGCUUUAAUGUUUUUAUGGUAUUGUUUUUAGUUUUCAUACAAGUUUGUGAAGUUUUAAUCAUUUUUGUAAAUACAGUAUAUUCUUAACCUCACGUACUGUGUUUGUAUAAUGUUGUAUCUGCAGGCAGGAGAGUUCAUUAACCCGGUCACAUUUGUUGAGCAGGUUGCUAUAUAUAUUUCUUAUAACGGGAUAGUAGUUGCAGCCGAGUGGGGAAAUAUUUUUUAUAAUUAGACAAGAUUAAGCUAAUGCGUUCACUUAUAAAGCUGUGUAUUUAAACAUAAAACCA